UAAUAAUCAAUUGGAUUCUGAUCAAUCAAAAUCGAAACAACAAAUUAUCAACGAUAAUAAAAUGGAUAAUAAUAAUAAUACUGAUUCAUCUAUGAAUCGUCAAACUGAAUAUAGUCGUCAAUAUCAAUGGCAAUUACCAAUGAUUGAUACUAAACCUGUAAAACAGGAACCAAUGAUGAGUCAAUAUCAACGUUCAUAUGGUUAUUUUGAUCAUCAUAAUCAACAACAACAACAACAACAACAACAACAACAACAACAUAGUGAUCAUCCUAUAACAUCUUAUUCACAACCAGCAAGCCUAACAAAUAGUUAUAAUAGUCAAUAUGAUGUUAUUGAUUCGAUUGGCGAUAAUAAUGUUAAUCGUUCACAAAAAUCUUUGAAAUCUUAUCAAAAUGCUAUUGUGCCAGGUAGUGCUGUACGUAAUAUAGGAUCAAAAGAAUUAUCGCUAAAAUCAUCAAAAUGUCAAAGUAGUAUACAACAAUUGGCCAACGAAAAUAAUGAUAAUUCUCAACAACAACAUCAACAACAACAACCAUCAUCAUCCACAACAGCAUUAUCUCAACCACAACAACAAAUGGAUUCAUUAAAAUCUUGUCAUUCAUUAUUCGAUUUUGAACCAUCACCACCACCAUCAACAUUAACAUCAAUUGAUUAUCCAUCGAAAUCGGAAUAUCAUUCAAAAUUUAAAGAUUUUAAUGAAUAUGUUUAUGUUGAAGGUGAUGGUUUUAAAAAAGGUGAUAGCCUUAGCUUACAAGCUCAACAAAUGGCACAUUCAUGGUUUAAUGAAGUAACUGAACGUUCACGUCAAGCAUGUAAAUAUCGUGCUCGAUCUCGAAAUGGUGCAACGCCAGUCAAUCCAGAAUAUUCAUGGAAUGGUGUACCAGUUAAAGAUCGUAAUGAUCUUGCAGCAUUAGCAUUAGCAACAAGACUUGUUAUUGAACAAAAACGUUCAGAACGUAAUUAUUCAACAAAUACAUCAUCAUCAUCACGUAGUGCAUCGGCUAAACCACAUUUACGUAAUUCUGGUCAAUCAUCAAUAACGAUGAAAAUGAAUUCAGCGCCACCUAGUCUACAAGAUGAUCGUUCGAUUGGUUCAAAACCAAGACCAGUAACUCGAAAACCAGUGACAAAAACAACAACAACAACAGCAGCAGCAACGACGAAUGUCAAGCAAUCGAAUGUUGAUCGAAAUAAUAACAAUUCAAAAAUUGUUUCAAGUAAAGCUAUUUCGGUAAAAAAACCACCACCAUCAUCAACAACAGCAGCAAGUAAUCAAGCAUCAGUGGAUAAUGGAUCGAAAAAAAUCUGGAUAAAACCGGUUAAAAAACCAACAGCCAAUGAAUCAGAAUCAACAACCAAAACAACAAAAUCAAUAGGUGCUAAUGAUUCAAACAUAGGAAAACAACGUGAAUUUGAUCCAGAACCAAAACAAGUACCAUUACAUACAACACAGAUAAAAUCACCCGAACAGAUAAGUGGUAUUAAAUCACCAUCACCUGAAUCAUGGAAAGUAACUAUUGAAAAAGGUGGUCUAAAUUGGGUAAAUGGUGGACAAACAACAACAACAACAACAGCACCGGUAAAUUUUCCCGAUCAACAAUCAUUAUUACAACAACAACAACAACAAAAUGAUCAAAUGGUACGACCAGUACCGAUCAAUGGAAUAUCACGUCUUUAAUUGUAUUGAUUGAUUGGCAUUUUAUUAAUUUAAAACAAAAUUUGCAUCAAUAUGACACACACACACAUUUACAAUAUUUUGACAACAGACUUUUCAAAACAAAACAAACAAAAAAACUUAGACAAUUUAGAAUAACUUGAUGAUUGGAGAAACAAAAACGAUUC